CGCAGCUUGUGCAGAAUUCGGGCAUGAUCUACGAGCUCAUGUCUGACGUCAUGGCCGUCUUUAAGAGCAUCGCUAAACGGAGGCCCGUCUUUCCCGGACUGGAGGUAAGACUCGCUCCCCUGGAAAGCCUGCCCCAGGGCAUUCGCACCUUCCUCACCGUUGUCUUCGAAGGUAUCCUGGCGAGCAACACGACGGUGCAGUACAGGAAUCCCGUAUACUUCGAGCACGAGAUAAACGCUUUGUUCCGCGAGAUCGGGCCUCGAGCAAUCAUAAACUACUUGGGAUUCCGCCUAGUGGUCCACAUAGCGCCUUUCCUACCCGACAGCACGAACUUGCUCCGGCUUCACAGCAUCGAGUCCACGGGCCGCGUCCUGUCCCCGACACCAAAAUGGGUCCUCUGCUUGCGCAUGGUCGCCUCGGUGCUCCCGGUAUGCGUGGUCAAGGCUCACGCCAAGCUCACGAUCGCCAGCGGCAGUGAUCUCACUAGCCGCGCCUGGUUGUCUGAGCUGGAGAGCUUGUUCUUUCGCAGCUCCCGCCGCUACGUUUGGAUGGACAGCGCGACGCACCGCGUGGCGCGCUUUGUACUCAGGCGCCUCCGGCUGGCCCGCUUCUACCCGCAGUGGUCCUUGAAACGAGACAAGUGCGCAGGGAACAUGCUGACAGCGACCGGUGGCCCGAUCCACAUGUGGCACGAGGCGUCCAGGGUCUACCAGAGUCAGCGACUGGCCCAGUUCACGCGCGGGACGCGGCCCCGCGACGUGGGUGACGCGUUCGGAACCCUUGCCAGGUAG